AUGGACUUUGCUGAAGUGUUUUUCACGCUGUUCAUCCUGGUGGUGGCUGUGGUGUCUCUGUUGUCUAACUUGUUGGUGCUGUUAUGCUUCGUGCACAGCUCAGAGAUCCGGCGGCAGGUGCCCGGGGUGUUCACCAUGAACCUGUCCCUGUGCAACAUUCUCAUCACGGUGCUCAACAUGCCCGCCACGGCGCUGGGCGUCGUGUGGAGGCAGCAGCCGUUUGGGGACUGCGCGUGCCACACCGUCAGCUUCCUGGAGACUUUUCUCACCGCGAACACGAUGCUGAGCAUGGCCGCGCUCAGCAUCGACCGCUGGAUCGCCGUGGUCUUCCCGCUCAGUUACUCGUCUAAGAUGCGCUACAGAGACGCGCUGGUGAUGGUGAGCUACGCCUGGCUCCACUCUCUGACCUUCUCCCUCACGGCUCUGCUCUUCUCCUGGGCGGACUACAGCCACGUGUACGCGUCGUGCACGCUGCAGCCCGGGCCCGGGGCCAGUGACAGGGUCAAGUUUACAAUCUUUACUGUGGUUUUCCACGCCACGAGCUUCAUGCUGUCGCUGCUCAUCCUGUGUUUCACCUACUUAAAGGUGCUCAAAGUGGCGCGCUUCCACUGCAAGAGAAUCGACAUCAUCACAAUGCAAACUCUGUUCCUGCUGGUGGACAUCCACCCCAGUGUGAAGCAGAGAUGCUUAUCAGAGCAGAAGAGGAGGAAACAGAGAGCCACGAAAAAGAUCAGUAUCUUCAUCGGGUCGUUCAUCGUUUGCUUCGCUCCUUAUGUCAUCACAAGACUGGCCGAGCUUCUCCCCUUCGUCGACAUAAACCGACACUGGGGAAUUCUGAGUAAGUGCCUGACCUACAGCAAGGCCGCGUCCGACCCGUUCGCUUACUCGCUCCUACGGCAACAGUACAGAAAAGUCCUGGUCACCGCGGUCAACAGGCUCCUGCGCCGCGACCUCUACCCUUCAUCUGGACACAACAGCUCCCUGGACACGGAGAACGACUACUGUCUGCAGAGGAUCAGCUAGAGCCGCACGGGCCCCGUCUGCAGACCUCUAACACAGGUGCCCCUGGUGCAUUGUGGGAGGAGACUCUCAGAAAAAGAUAUUGUUAGCAGAGCACCGGGGGGACGGCGCAGGGACUGUGUGUGUGGGCGGGGGGCGCCA